AUGAUAAUAAAUAUUCCUUUUAUUAAUUGUGGAACAUAUCAAGUACGAUCAACAUCAAUAAUAAAUGAUUAUCAUCGUUUUUAUUCAACUAUAGAAGAUUUAUAUAUAUGUAUGACAGAUAAACGAACAACGAUUACUUGGUCUUCUCCUUUAUUUCAAAAAGUUAAAAAUCUUCUUAUAGAAAUGCCAAUGAUAUCUACAUCAUGGUGGCAUAAUUUAUUAAAUAUUGCUAAUUAUGGUGCAGUAAAUGAUGAUAAUGAUACAUUAAAAAUUAUUCCUCAUCUUAAACAGUUUGUUGAUCUAGAUAAAAUAAUUGAGAUAAAAUUUGUAAGAACGAAUCAUAUAUCUCGAUGGAUAGAUGUUCAACUUAUUCUACAAGCAUGUCCAAAUGUAAUUGAUCUUUCAAUAAGCACUCAAUUAUUACUUCUAUCAAAAAUAAUUGAUAAUCCAUCUCUUUUCACAAUUUUUAAACGAAUAAAAACGAUCGAAUUAAUAAAAAAUAUCAUUUAUUUUCUUCCAAGUUCUGCAUCAAAAAUUGUUGAACGUUUUCCAUCACUGACUCAUAUUGAACUUCCAGUAUUUUCAUUUGAUUAUUGUGUAUCUGUUAUUGAUAUAUUUCUUUGUCAUCUGAAAGAUUUGUCUUAUAUGAAAAUUAAUUAUAAUCAAACUACAUUACUGGAUGAUCCUUUUUCAUAUGAUUAUCUAAUUGCAAAACGUCGUCAAAUAUUUCCUAAUAAAAUUAUUGAUGAAAACAAAGUUGCCUUCAAUAAUACUGGAGAAACUGUAGAAAUUUGGUUAUCAUAA